CACGCUCCUCUGCACACACCUCACUAUCGCGACGCGUAAGGGAGGACAGCCGCAUCGAAAGUCUCUGAGGACGAUAAGACUACUCAAGUCGCGUAGAACACAUCGAAGACGCGUCGCCACCCAGCAUAACAUCGCCAACCACAUAGCAUGAGCAACCGCAAGUCGAAGCUAGAGCAGCUAGCCGAGCUGAAGCGCGUGCGCGCGGGCGGCAAGCGCGUACUAAAGCAAGAAGAGGACACUGAAAUCUACGACGAAGUCAGCGAGGAGCAAUAUCGCGCGAUCGUACGCGGACGGCUUCAGGAGGACGAUUUCGUCGAAGAUGAUGGCGUGGAUGGGUACAUGGACACGGGCGUGGAGGAGUGGGAAGCUACUCGUGAUUACGAUGAUGACGAAGAGGACGAUAGGCGUCGAGACAAGAAGUCCAAAAAGUCUGCCAAGGGGAAGGCGAAAGCCAAACCACCUCCUCCCCCGCAGCCGGCGCCCUCCAUGAACGCGUACCGGCCGAAGGUGACGGAGGAGCAAGAGCAAGACUUCAUGGCGAACCUGCUCGGCGAGCUCGACACGGUGCCUGUAAAGCCAGCGCUUACGACGCGUACGUCGAGGAAGCGCAAGCCCGCACCAUCCCCCGAGCGCAAAUCAUCAACGGACAAGUACCGCUACAGGGAACGCGACAGGGAGGUCCCUCCAAGCUCGUCCCCCAUCGCGUCAGACUACCCGGAUACAUCGUCGGACGGACUAGCUCCGCUCGAGGACGAGGACGAGCCCAUCCGCAGCCCGACUAAACGCCCAAGGACAGAAGCGACGACGAUGGCCGCGACCACCAACUCGCUUGCAGCUAUGGACUUUGACGACAUCACCAUGGACGACCUCAACGACUGGGACAACGACAUGGACUUCGACUUUCCCGCGAAGCCUAAGGUGGACCCGCCACCGGCCAAGCCGGAGGUCCUCGUCGACAAGAAGCCCUUCCCGAGCGCCAACGCCACACCCGCUAAGCCCAAGGAGAAGGAGAUCGACACCAAGCCGUCCUGGAUCAACGUCUACGAGUCCCUCAACGUUGCCGAGACCGACAAGCUCGGGCCCUCCACUACUACCCACACUUCUGCGCAACACGCAGGCAUAGACGCGCUCGAGCCCGAUGGCUCGCUUCGCUUCUUCUGGCUUGACUACCUGGAGCUGAACGGGAAUGUGUACUUCAUCGGCAAGCUAAAGGACAAGAAGACAAACCAGUGGCACUCGUGCUGUGUCACUGUCGAAAAUAUCGAGCGCAACCUGUUCGUUCUGCCCCGCGAGAAGCGCGUAGAGCAAGGGAGCGACGGGGAGAUCUACGAUACGGACGAGCCGGUGGAGAUGGAGGAUGUGUACAAUGACUUUGACAUGAUCCGGGGCGCGCUGAAGAUCAAGCAGUGGAAGGGGAAGUUCGUGAAGCGGAAGUAUGCGUUUGGUGACAAGGAGGUGCCGAGGGGGGAGAGUACGUGGUUGAAGGUGGUAUAUCCAUUCACGGAGCCAACGAUUCCGAUGGACGCAAUAAGUCCGAAUAUCCUGAAGAUCUUCGGCACGAAUACUUCUGCAUUUGAGCUGCUCGUCCUCAAGAGGAAGAUCAUGGGUCCUUGCUGGCUGCAGAUCAAGAACCCAGAUGUCAACUUUAAAGGGGUUUCCUGGUGCAAGUUCGAGGCCACUGUCUCCGACCCCAAGGACAUCAACCCAUUCCCCGAGACAGACCACCAGGCGCCGAAGGAAACGCCGCCGUUGACCGUGAUGAGCUUGAGCGUGCGCACGAUUGUGAACCACGUGCAGAACAAGCGUGAGAUUGUGUGCGCGACGGCGAGGAUAUGGCAUAAUCUCGACAUCGACGACCCCACGCCACCGGAGAGACUGCCAUGCACGGUACAGACGUUCGUGCGACCGCUGGACAAGUUCCCGCCCAGGUUCGAGGCGUGCGCGAAGCAGAAUAUGAGGGGGACGAUUACUGCGGCGAAGAACGAGCGUAUGCUGCUGAGUAGUCUUUUGAUCGCCCUCCACCGCGCGGACGCCGAUGUCAUCGUCGGGCACGAUUUCGUCGGCGUAACCCUGGACGUGCUGCUCACGCGCAUGAAGGAGCUGACGGUCGACCAUUGGUCCCGGAUAGGCCGCUUCAGACGCUCCAAGUGGCCGCAUAUCGGGAAGGAGGGGACGAAUAUCCGGUUCAUGAAUGGUCGUAUGCUUUGCGACCUGUCGAGUGAUGGAGCGAAGAGCAUGAUCCCCUCGACAACAUGGUCGAUGACCGAGAUGUGCAAGACGCAUCUGAAGGUCGAGCGCCAGGACAUUGACCCGGAUGACACGGCUAGUUACUUCGACGGGUCGGUCAGCAACCCGGACAGGUUGCUGACGUUCGUCCGCCACUGUGAGCUCGACGCCCACUUGCAGAUGGCUAUCGCGGCGAAGGUUCAAAUCCUGCCGUUGACGAAGCAGCUGACGCAGCUUGCGGGUAACUCAUGGAACAAGACCCUCAACGGCGGUCGUGCGGAGCGCAACGAAUACAUUCUGCUGCACGAAUUCCACCGCCUCAAGUACAUCUGCCCCGACAAGACCUACGGCAAGAAGGCCGCGCCCGUCCGCGAGGACCCUGACGAGGAGGGCGGCGGCACCAGCAAGAAGGGCGCGAAGCGCGACAAGUACAAGGGUGGUCUCGUGCUGGCGCCGAAGCGGCAGCUGUGGGAGACGUACAUCCUGGUCAUGGACUUCAACUCGCUGUACCCGAGUAUCAUACAGGAGUACAAUAUCGACUUUACGACGGUUAGUCGGGUGGAUGAUGAUACUCCGGACGAUGAGGCGGAGCUGCCGAGUAGCGAGGCUGGGCAGGGUGUCUUGCCGAGGCUUAUCGCCACGCUCGUCAGUCGUCGGCGACAAGUGAAGAACCUGAUGAAGGACAAGAACGUUACGCAGGCUCAGUACUUGCAGUACGACAUCAAGCAGCAAGCGCUCAAGCUCACUGCCAACAGUAUGUACGGCUGUCUGGGCUUCGAGUACUCGCGGUUCUAUGCCCGACCCCUCGCGGCUUUGACGACACGCCAAGGUCGUGAGAUCUUGACGAACACUGCUGAGCUUGCAGGGACCAUGAACCUCGACGUCGUCUACGGCGACACGGACUCCGUCUUCGUCAACUCCAACCAGACCGAGCUCUCCAAAGCCCUCAAGAUCGCCAACGAGUUCAAGAAAGCUGUCAACGACCGCUACCGACUGCUCGAGAUUGACCUCGACGGUGUCUUCCAGCGCCUAUUGCUCUUGCAGAAGAAGAAGUAUGCGGCGAUCAAGGUGGAUGGGUCGACGACCACAACGGAGAUCAAGGGUUUGGAUAUGAAGCGCCGAGAGUACUCGCAGCUGUCGAAGCGGGUGUCGCAGUACGUGCUAGAUCGGAUCCUGUCUGGGGAGCCGACGGAGAUUGUCGUGGAGGAGAUCCACGAGUACCUGGCCAAGAUUGGCGAGGAUGUGCGCGGAGGGAAAGUGCCUUUGGAUGAAUUCAUCAUCUUCAAGCGCUUGGGAAAGAACCCCGAGGACUAUCCCGACGCAAAGUCCCAGCCGCACGUCCAAGUCGCGCUGAGGAUGAAAGCCAAAGGUUCUAGCGCACGCGCGGGAGAUGUCAUUCCCUACGUUUUCUGCUUACCAGAAGGCGAGGAGACGGCAGGGAAGACAUCGCAGGCAGACCGGGCCAAGCAUCCGGACGAUGUUCGUCGUUCGGGCUCGGGCCUCAUUAUCGACUACGAGCACUACCUAUCUCAGCAAGUUUUACCGCCCAUCGAGCGUCUUUGCGAACCUAUCGAAGGCACUGAUCGUGCUCGACUUGCUGAAUGCCUUGGCUUGGACCCUCAACGAUACAAAGUGUCGAAUAGCGCCUCUGACGAGCUAUCCAUCUCGACAUUGGAGACCCAGAUGUCGGAUCGCGAACGGUUCAAGGACUGCGUCGCCUUCUUCGUGCGGUGUCGGAAGUGCAAGGCCACCGAUGUAUUUGCCCGCCUGAAUGAGCAGACUGUUGACCCGACGGGUGUGCCGAGGGAUCCCAUGCUUCACCCUGAUGGCGCCAAAUGCACUGCUUGCCAAGAGAAGCUCCAACCCUGGUCCCUCGAGAUGCAGCUUCAAGCGCAGAUCAGGGGCUUCAUCACCCGGUACUACGAGGGCUGGACGGUGUGCGAUGAUCCGACGUGCGGACAGCGGACCAGGCGAAUGGGCGUCUAUGGACAUAAUUGUGUGAGGGAAGGGUGUCAGGGCAAGGUAUCGUUCGAGUAUACGGACGCGCAACUCUACACGCAGCUGAAGUACUUUUCUUCGUUGUUCGACGUCGAGAAGGCGUUCGAGAUUGCAAAGUCCAAGGGGAAUGCGAGGGUUGAGCAUGACAAGGUUCAGGGGCUGGCUGCAGGCAAUGUGGUAUUGUUGGACACGCUCCGAGCCUGCACCGACCGCUAUCUAGAUAUGUGUGGACGUCGUUGGGUCAGCCUCAACAACCUGUUCUCGUUCAUGACCAUGUAGAAUGCCGCUCUCUAUGUUUGCUUUCGCGCUGUUGUACUUGUACGCAUAGACAGAUAACUUAUGUGGAUGCGUUGCGUCACGGAAGUAUCCGUUCACUGUAUCAUUUUGAAUCUCG